UGCUGCUGCUGCUGCUUGGUGUGCUAGAUCAAGUGUCACCAUCUCGAAUGGCAAUCUUCCCGGAAUUCCGAGAGAAGAUGGCCGUUCUACUGGCCGAGGCAGAGGAAUUAGCCAACGACGACAAUGAUAACAACGGAUCUAGCCUGGAAAAGCUUGGCCUGGGCACCAGCAGUCCACGUCGCUCACCAGACAAAGAGCCUCAAACAACAAAGAGUGCCUUGCCGGGGUUCCUACGGAAGAAGAAGGAGGACAAACCAGCACCGAAAGAGCGGGAGAAGAAGAAGCCUUCGGAGGUUGAGAAACCGGACAAGAAAAGACUAGCCAGUACAACAUCAACCGAUGGCAAGAGUGCUGCAGCUGCUGCCGAUUUACCUGACCUGGCACCAUCAGCCGCACCUACGCUCACUCACGUCACGAAGGGCAGGGCGGCACCGAAGCGUACCAACCGCGGGCGACCGGCGCGCAAGCCGGCCCAGGACACGACGGAUAGCAAGGGUACCGGUGUACCGUCCAGUCACGAUCUAUUCGUGACUGCACCGCCUGAGGCGGACAACGAAGAUGACGGUGCCACUGCAGCCAAGGCUAAGGAUGAGACCGAUGCUGAAGUAGCUGCAAUGACCGCGCUGAUGCCACCAAUGAAGGCAACCGCUUCUGACAGUCCGAUCAGUGGUAGCCCACGUGCCAGCCCCAACAUCAUGGCCGGUUUCUCAGCAUCCAUUCUCGGCGAGAUGAAGAAGAAGCAGUUCCCGGGAACGACGCAGGAUGAUAGUCCGAAAGUCAAACCGCGCUCCGGCUCUGACGUGAGCAAGUCCAAGAGCUCCACAUCACUAGCCCCAGAUGACGCUACCAGCAGAGAUGUAACGUCGGGCAAGAGCUCCACUGACACCAGUCCCAUUCCGACACCCAAGCCACGCAGUCCGCGGCCGGCGGUGAAGGGAAAGCCCAAGAAACCCAUCCCCACUAAGCCGGGCGAGAAUGGCGAUGUCAGGAGUGACAGUGCAGACGAAUUGGAAUCUGCUGCCACUGCAGAAAAAACGGAAAAGGAUACAAAGCCCGCUGCAGAUAAAACGGAGAAGGACACAAAGGCCGCCGAGCAAACGGAAUCAUCAGCAUCGGCAGAUGACCAACCAAAGACUGAGGAGAAUACAUCAGAUCCGAAGGCAGACGAGCCUGAUGCCGUGACCGAGAGUGAUAGUGCUGAAAAGGACGAGGCGAAGCCCACUGAAACGGAGAGCUCUGACGCUACAGAGGCUACAUGCGGAGGAGAUAGUACUGAGGACAAAGCACCAUCAGAACCAGCGGAGACAAAGGCCGAAGAAACCAAGGAAGACGAGGCGCCAAGCGGAGAUGCAGACUCGUCCAGCCCCGCAGCUGAUGGCAGCGGCGAUGCAGCUCCGGAGGAGGCAGCAGAAAGCAAGGAAAAGAAGGAUGUUGACAAGGUGGAUGAGCUCCUCGCAACAGAGUCUUCCAUACUGGUAUAAUAAUGGCUACGGUUGUGGCUGAGAUUGGCAAUAAUACUCCAAAUCGGAGAAGGACAGUUGUUGCAGAUCGUUCUACCAUGCAACCCGCCACUUCAUGGCCAAUGGUUGGAUUUCUAAAAACCUCGCUCACCGCCGCAUCACCUUUUUGGCCAUCUGCACUCUCGUCUUGCAAGAUGUUGUGUACUGCGCUUGCAUUUACCAAACAAGCGGCUACCGUCCGCGGUACUUCACUCGAGUCAUUUUCAGGUCUCACUCGCUUGGGCAUACUGCACAGAAAACUUUCAAGCACUCCGACACAGCAGAGUACUUUGCAAUGCUCCCACAACCACUGGCAGUAUCUAAAUAACUACCUGAGUCGCAGAGCUCAUGGAUAUCGAAUACUUGGUUGCUUCAAUUGUUCUGCAUUCUCAUCUGUAUCAAUCAAAAUGUACAAUUACAUUAGUCAUGUACAAUGUGAUACUAUUGUCUCCUUCUUGUAUCUAUUGUUUAGCGCCACAAAAGCAGAGAUGUAAGUUGUAUGCUUUCUAUUUUCGCAUGGCAGCACACUCUCCUUUCUUUCUUUUUUGCUCGAGGUGUAAGCUGAUAUUUUUCCUGUCAGAUUCAAUUUUAGUAUGCUUUUUUAUUCAGCCUUUCUGUUCAAGUUACUAUUAUAUUCGGAACAGUUUGAUGCUGCCACAGCAUUCAUUCAGUUUGCUAACACCGGCAAUGUGCAAUAGAAACACAAUCGCAAUCACAGCACCAGCUAAGGUGUAUGUGAGAGAGAGA